AUGGAUGCCUUCACAGCCAUUGGUCUGGCCGGCAAUAUCGUCCAAUUCGUCGACUUCAGCUGGAAGUUGAUCGCAGGGUGUCGAGUGAUCUACAAGUCCUCGGAAGGAGCGAGCGAUGAGACUCUCACGCUCGGCUCUAUCGCCAACGAUGUAGUCAGGCUCAGCAACGCUAUCGGGGUUUCCUCUUAUGAUGACCAGCUGGAGCCUAUGGCCAAAGAAUGUACAGCCAUUGCCAAGGAACUCUCAGAUGCUCUCAAUAAACUCACAGCCAAGAGUCAGCGGACAAUGUGGAUUAGCUUCUCGAUCGCUUUGAAAGAAGUAUGGAGGAAGGGUAAGAUUGAAGGGAUUUGUAACAGACUCGGGAAGGUUCAGGCUCAGCUGGCAGUUCAUAUUCAGAGAUUGGAAAUUGAAAGAAAAGAUGAUUUCAACAAGCUCAGAGAAGACGUCAUUCGUGCUAUCACCAGUCUCUCAUCAGCCAAGGGCUCUGCCAAGACAUCGAUGCAAGAGUGCUUCGAUCAACAGCAGCGAUCUGAGGAGGUGGACGCCGAAAAGGCUACAGAAGUAACGAUAGGCCUGAAGAAUCUCUCAGCUGCGAUGAGCAAUCUCACAGAGAUGGGAAAGACAACGCAGGUGGAGCAACAGUUUCUCAAAAGCCUCCACUUCGCAAAUCUCGUGACGCGGCAUGAGAAAAUCGAGAAGUCUCAUGAGGAAACGUUCACUUGGAUGUUUCGAAAUUCUCUCGAACAAGGAAGGAUGCCUUUACGAUUUUCCGAAUGGCUCCGCUCUCGGAGUGGUAUUUACUGGAUUGAAGGAAAAGCCGGCUCGGGAAAGUCAACCCUGAUGAAAUUCCUAUGCAAAAAUCCCAUGACAAUGAGUCAUUUAGAAUCCUGGGCUCAGGGGAAGAGGCUCGUUGUAGCGCAAUUUUUCUUCUGGAACGCCGGAACUCGUCUACAAAAGUCUCGGGAAGGGCUCCUUCGCUCGCUACUUUUCGAGAUCUUGCGGAAAUGCCCGGAUCUUCUCUCUAAAGUCAUAGAAAAUGUUGGCGUUCCUGAGUUUGCCGAUGAAGAAGAAUCAUGGUGUGAAGAUGAUCUCCUACGAAUCUACCGUGUCAUUAUGAGCCAAGAAACCCCGAUUCGAUUCUGCUUUUUUAUCGAUGGUUUAGAUGAGUACGAAGACGACAAUAAAGGGCCUGAAGAGCUUCUAGAUACCCUAAGGAGUAUCGACUGCUCAUCUAACACAAAGUUGUGUGUCUCCAGCCGACCCUGGGUCAUUUUUCGAGACGAGUUCGGCAAGACCCCCGAAUGGCAUAUCAGGCUUGAGGAUCUAACCAGAGACGAUAUUCGCUCCUUCGUCUCUUUUAAGUUCAAUAAGAACGAGCAAUUUCAAAAACUCAAAGAAAGGGAUCCACGGUAUCCGAAGCUGAUUGAAGAUGUUGUGGAGAGGGCCCGAGGUGUCUUUCUGUGGGUAAGACUUGUAGUUCGAAGCCUGCUAGAAGGACUUACCUACCAUGACUCGGUAGCCACACUAUCGCGGCGUCUAAACAGCUUCCCAGAAGAUCUCGACGACUUCUUUCAACACAUGAUCGACUCGAUACCAACCAUAUACCGAAUUCAGACGGCAAGGACAUUCAAGAUCGCCACAGAGGCAAAGCAACCUCAGUUACUUAUGACAUAUUCAUUUGUUGAUGGACUAGAGGAGGACCGGGAGUAUUGCUUCAAAUUACCAAUCGCGCCUAUGGCAUUGCCUGAGAUAGAAACAAGAGCAGAACAGAUGGAACGGCGUCUAGAUGGCAGGUGUAGGGGUCUUCUUGAAAUAGUUGAGGAUCGGGAAUGCACGGCUUUUGACAAGUACAAAAUCGAUUUUCUUCAUAGGACCGUUCGAGACUUUCUUCUGCAAUCA